AUGUCGAAACAGUAUGAUCUUCCUGCAGAUGCUGUCUGGUUUAUAACCGGCGGAUCAUCUGGCAUUGGGAAAGCGUUCCUCAACCAUCUAAGUCGUACGUCCUAUCGCGUCGUCGCGGUGGCACGACAACUCUCAGCGCUAGACUAUAUUCCAGAAUCGACCAAUGUACUCAAAGUGAUCCUCGACGUGACUUCGCCAACAGCCAUCAGGGCUGCUGUAGCAAAAACCGUUGACAAGUUUGGUCGCAUCGAUGUCCUGGUCAACAACGUGGCUUACUCGCUCCUUGGAGACACAGAGACCACGACCGAUGAAGAAGCAAGGCUGUUAUUCGAUACCAAUUUCUGGGGAGCGACAAGUCUCAUCCGUGAGGUGGUUCGGGUUAUGCGUCAGGACAAUCCCAAGACGGGCCAGAUUGGUGGUGUUAUUGGGUUCAUGAGCUCGACGGGUGCGCGCGUGGCUUUCCCUGGAGGCUCAUAUUACUAUGCAACAAGGUUUGCCAUGGAAGGGUUCAUGGAAAGUUUUCAAGCGGAGGUCAGUCCUGCCUGGAAUAUUCAUUUCAUGAUCGCAGAGCCCGGAGGUGUCAAGACCGAUUACCUACAAAAAAGCGUCGUUUUGACAGAGAGACACCCUGCAUAUGGAGAUGAUCCGGCUGGAGCAACGAACCAGUUGUUGGAUAUGCUCAAGAACAAGGCCAUGGUCGAAACUUUCCCAGAGCCCGACACGCUAGUCGAAGUCAUCAUUGACACUGUGAAGAAUGGAAUUGACGGCUUGGGCAUCCCACUGAGACUUCCACUUGGAGCAGAUUCGUGGACCAUGUUAAAUGGCAAUUUGGCAAAGUCCAUGAAGGAUCAUCAAGCCUUGAAGACGACUGCGUUCAGGACGACAAGCGAUGCAGGUGCAUUGGGGGAGCUAGGGAAGGCGCUGGAAGGCUCUGCCGGAUCGAAAUAA